CCUGACGCGGCUGUAUGCUCAUCUCAUGCGGCGGCAGUGGGCGCCGUGAUGACCUGGUCAUGGCUACGGCCACCAGUUGCGGUGGAGCAGACCACCUAGGCGCGCUCCCGGACGAGAUCCUCCAGCACACGCUGUCAUUCCUGCCGUCGCGCGAGACCGUGCGCACCAGCCUGCUCGCCCGCCGCUGGCGCCACCAGUCGAAGUCCGCGCCGGCCCUGCGGAUCACCGGCUUCGAGCCCUUCGAGACCGCCCGUCAGAUUAAUGACUUCGUCAACCACCUCAUCGCCCUCCGCAAUCGGACGCCUCUCCACGCGUGCGAGAUCCCCGCCUACAAGGAGUACGAGGACGACGGCGAGCCGCACCAUGACAACAGCGACCGCGACGAGCCCUUCCGGUACACCGAUCUGUGGAUCCGGUACGCCAUGUCGUGCCAUGUCCGGCUGCUUCGACUCAGCAACCAUGACCCCGAUGAUCUAGACGCCCAACACGAGUCUAUGUAUAUACAGCGUGUUCUGCUGCUGGCUCCCAUCGCCUCGCGCCAUCUGACCACGUUGGAGCUCGACGGCGUGGCGUUCUGGAGAGAAUACCCUCUGGAUUUAUCGAGCUGUCCCAACCUGGAGACCGCCAAGAUGAACCGAUGCUCCUCACUGAUUGACGUCAAUAUAUCGUCACGAUCUGUGCGAUGUCUUUGUAUCACGCACUACCAUUUUUAUAGCUAUCAGGAGAAACCUCGUGCUCUCAUUUAUGUCCCAAGCCUCGUCUACUUAGAGCUGACCGGCGGCCGUGGCCUGGUUCCUUCGUUUGAGAGCAUGCCUCUGUUGCAAACAGCAUGUAUCAAGUUUGACUGGACUUCAACUAGGGAAGACAACAAUGAUGGUUUCUUGCUUCUUGGACGCCUGUCAGAUGCCACUAAUCUAGAACUCAUAUCCGAGCCUCAAGCGCUUUCUUUCAGGAAAGAUUUAAUGCGGUGCACUGCAUUUAGCAAGCUCAAAACCUUGUCACUCAAUGAUUGGUGUGUAGAGCCUGAUUUUGGUCCACUACUCCACUUUCUCCAGAGGUCACCAAGUCUCGAGAAGCUCUGCCUCCGACUAUCUAAGCCAGAUGAACAUGCUAAAGAAACAGACGGAAGCUAUGUUUCAACUGAACCAUUUUUGGCAUCGAAGCAUCUUAGGGUUGUCAAUAUCAGAUGUCAGGCAAAUGAUGAGCGAGUUCACAAAAUUUUGAAGGUCAUGGUUGCCUAUGGAGUACCUCAUGAGCAAAUCAACGUCAAGGAAGGAAAUUGGUCUUCUGAGGGAUCAUAUGCAGAUUCCGAGCAGUCAGACUAUUCAUAUUCAGAUACGGAUGAGUCGGAUUAACAUUUGGAACGUUGCUAUGAAUUUAAUUUUCUGCUUCGUCAAAGUACCUUUAGCAAAAUUUUCAGUCCUCGAGUUAAGACCUUCUCAAUUCAAUCCACAAAAGUAGAAACAUGGGCGCAAAUGGGAUUUGGUUAGGUGUUGAACAUGAAGCUAUCUUAUUUGCUUUGUAAAUUUGGUUCAUGGCAUAUAUAUGUCCGUUUAAUUUUCAGGAACAUGUUAUGAUGUUUUGUGUUACA